AUGUCCCACCGACUGCGGUCCACACCCCCAGAGAACAAGCCCAAAACUGGCUUUGAGCAGUUCGCGGAAUCUACGGGUUACGAGAAUAUCGCCGGCACAUCGUUGACCGCAUCACAAAGACGAAGACGCAAUCGAUCAUGGCGAAAGGCAAAGGCAGGAAUUCCAUUGGCGAUCAAGACAAAUUUCGAUUCCAGUGCCGAGCAAAUAGUUUCUGCCGAUUCUCAGCAAGCGAUCAAAAGCCCUCCCGACGCUCACGAUGCCAACGAUGUCCCCUUGAACCUGCAGUACAUGCAAACUCGCCUGGAAAUACCCACGAGCGCGCAAUACCCAUACGCGGACCCAAAACUUUUCGAUCCACGUACAGCAGACGAGGCCAUCCGCAAGGCUUCUCUCGUGAUCCCCUCCUUGAUCAUAAUCCGGGAACUCGGCGAGGGCAACACCGCAUCCGAUGCACGCGCUGCCGCCACUCUGCAUGUAUUGUCAAAGUUGCAUACCGAAGGUGUUCUGCACCGGCUCGCUCCCAGCCCACCGCCGGAGACUUUAGCAGCUCUUGACGCAGAAAGAACUUUUCAUUCUAUCAUGUCUACACUCAAGGAUGACUACCAGCUGAUUGGUCCAGCACUUUUUGAGCCGAAGUCGAUUGACCACACAAUUCACAGCGCCUUUCAAAAAGCACACAUUCCAUGGAAUGUGGAAGGACAGACGCAAGUCAAGGAAGGUAACAUCGUUCGCUACAACCUCCGUGUGGAACUUCCUAACGCUGUCAAGUUGGCAACCGCCGGCGAGGGGCGGAACAAAGGCAUCGCCAAGUCUGUGGCAUGGGCGCACAUGUUGAAGAAGUUUCAAGAGAACGGCAUCUUGCAAACGCUGUUUCCUACACGGGGCGAAGAUGACGCUCAAGCCUCUGUAGAAAAACCAGAGGAGACUUCUGAUGAUGAAGCGGCAGAUCUGGAAGAUCUGGUGACGGUCGACAAGAAGACCAUGAAGGCCGAAAAGGAUGCCAAAUUGGAGAUCUACAACUGGGCCGCGCGACUGGGCAUGAGUCCCGAGUAUCAUGCCAGAGUCGUGAAAAAGCGAGAACCAGGAACAAGGAAACAGGCGAAAGCGAAGUACUUGGAGCUGGCGGAAGUAUCAAUCGAACUGAAAGAUCUGGGGCUCAAGACGAUUCGGCUUGGGCGGACUCUUCGCAUCGCUGAAACCGCUGCCGCCAUUGCCUUCAAGUCGGCCGCGGAGGAGAAGGAGAAUGCUGGUCUCAUUCAAUCUCCAACAGCAGGUGAUCGCCAAUGGGCGCUCCUGAACUUCGAUACAGCAAGCCAGUUCUUCGAUUUCUACCGCAACGUCAAGAAGGACACUUACCUGGAAGUCGAGGCCAAGCCAUUUGUCAUUGCUGGAGAGACUCACAACUGGGCUCAGAUUACCAUAAACGACCAAAAUGUGGGACGAUGGGUCAUUAUGACGAGAAAACCGGUUGCCGAGCAAUUGGCGAGAUUGACCGCCGCUGUCGAGAUUGUGAAAGCCGAGCCGCAGCUUUUGGACCAAUUUGCGGCAGUUGUACGUCAGAGCCAAGGCAAAGUGCUAAGAGAAGUGCGGUCCAUCAAGACCAACAUCGAUAAUCGCACAGUCGAAUUGAUGCGGAAUGGUGUGGUGGAGGCAAGACGUGCAGGCUUGUCUGACGUCCGUCAACCACUGCUCCCUGUUGACAAUCUACUCCAAGAUUCCAGCAACCGACGAAAACGAACUCUUUCACAGCUGGAUCGCCAAGUGUUCAGCAGGAAUCGGAUCAGAGAUCUGCGGAAACGCGAGGGUGAAGCUUCGCAGCGUGAUGACAAUGCAACCACAUCGCUCCCCAUGAGCCAAUAUCGCACGCAGGUCCUUGAGCUCGUGGCAGGUAGCCCUUACAGUAUUAUAGUCGGCGCGACUGGCAGCGGCAAAACGACCCAAGUCCCGCAGAUUAUUCUGGACGACGCAAUUCGGCGUGGAGAUGGAGGUUUUUGCGAUGUGAUAUGCACGCAACCACGACGUCUCGCAGCAACCUCUAUCGCAACUCGAGUCGCCGCCGAACGCCAUGAACCACUUGGCAUUGGGGUUGGAUAUCACGUCAGAUUCGACUACAAACCGGCGAGACAGGGGGGCAGCAUCACAUACUGCACGACUGGAAUUCUUCUGGAGCAAUUGAAGCACGACAUCGAUGGCAUCUUUGACACAGUCUCCCAUAUAAUCAUCGAUGAAGUGCAUGAAAGAAGCCUGCCGAUCGAUUUUCUGAUGGUUCUUCUCAAGCGCGCUAUCAAGAAGCGACGAGAUGCUGGAAGACCAGUGCCGAAAGUGAUCUUGAUGUCGGCUACACUGGACCAGGAAUUGUUCGCCAACUACUUUGCGGAAGAGCAGAGUGAUGGGCUGAAAGCUGCACCUGUCUUGAGCGUACCAGGUCGAACGUUUCCUGUGCAGGAGAGGUACAUUGAAAACAUCUUGGCCGAGUUUAGCCCCGAAGAACGAGCCCAGCUGGAUGCGAUGGCGGAGCUCGACAAAGGAUCGACGACUGAAUACCUUGCGUCCGAAAUGUCAUUUGCGACAAGUGCGCAAAAGGCAGCAGCAGCACCAGUCAUUGACUGGAAACGUGAAGUGAAGCUGGAGCAGAGCGAGGAAGAUCGAGCAGCCGCCCGAGAGAAGGAGGAAGCUCAGGUCCCUUUGUCGUUAGCUGCUGCAACCAUCACGCACAUCUGUCGAAAAAGCGAAGACGGCGCGAUUCUGGUGUUUCUUCCAGGUCUGGCCGAGAUUGUUGCGGUCCGUGAUACACUGAUCCAAAAUACAGAGUUCGGCAUGGCGUUCGACGAUGCAGACAAGUUCAAGAUCUGCUUGUUACAUUCUGCGCUGCCUCCGCAUGAACAGAAGGAUGUCAUCGAGCCUGAAAUCUGUCUUUCCGUCAAGGCCCAAGGUUUCGACGACUCGGUUCAGUCAUUUCUGAGUCAGACUAUUGAGCCUCCAUCAGAGAACGCCGUGUUGGGUGCAGUCGAGGCUUUGAAGGAGAUUGAGGCCCUCACCCAGGAUGAAAGCUUGACGGCGCUGGGAAGAACUUUGUCCAAACUGCCGGUGCAUCCCUCUCUUGGCAAGAUGAUUCUUUUAGGAAUCGUAUUCCGCUGCCUGGAUCCUAUGAUUGUUCUCAGCUCACUCGACCAGGACAGAUCUCUGUUCGUGUCGCCGCCCGGGAAUCGCGCUGCGGCGAGGCAAGCUCUGAACAGAUACAACCAGCACAACUCCGAUCAGCUGGCUAUCUACGAAGCAUUCAAAGAACUUCGUACUCUCCGCAGCAAGGACGGCUUGUCCAGUGCGGAGCACCACGCACGGCGAAACUUCCUGCACUGGGGUAGUUUCAAAUCGGUCGCAGCGACUGCAGCAUCAAUAGAGAAGAUACUGAUCGAGUCGCGCCUCGUUCCCGAGAAUCCGAGUGCGAGCGUCUUCCGUGAGCCGACUGAGUAUGGCGGUGCGGCGCUCAAUCGCUACUCUGACAAUCCAGCAUUGAUCAAGGCGCUCUACCUCGCUGGUGUCCACCCCAAUGUGGCCGCCAAGAACCCUGGACGGUCCCUAGCACAUCGUACGCAGGCAGAGGACAGUGUCUUGAUCCAUCCGAGUUCCCUCAACUACAGCACCAGGAAGAUUCGGUCGGAUGACGACAAGCUGUACGCAUACGAGUCGCUAAGGAAGACUGUCGACGGCAAGACUAUGUUCAUGAAAGACACCACCUUGGUAACGCCGCUGCUCACGCUGCUCUUCGGCGGAAAGCUCCAAGCUCAGGGCUUCAAGCUGACGAUGGAUGACUGGCUGCCUUUCAAGAUCGAGAACCUCGAUGACUCUGCUUUUGCGACGAGACUGGUCCUGGAGUUCAGGAAGGCUUUGGACCGGAUGCUGAACGGGGCUUUCAAUUCAUUGAGCGAGGUCCGGGAGGGCGUCACCAUCGCCGACGACCCUAUAAGAGAUGGUUUUGUGAAGGCUACGGUGGCGGUGUUGGAGUGGAGUAGCGAGCAGAAGGAGAGAGAGAAGAGGGACUCGGGAAUUUGGGUUCCGCCUCAAUGGAGGAAGGUGGUGGGAGAAAGUGAUACUGUCGAAGCUGCUCAGCAUUGA